UUAAAAAUCUCUUCUAUAGGUGCCAGUCGGUAUCUUAUAACAUUCUUUGCUUCCCAGAUCUCUGAGGAAGACACCAAAUUCAUCCUGAUCUGUGGUCUAUCCAGGGUCUGCGGGUUGGGGCACUAUAUACAUGCAGAGCCUGUUGGGCACAGAUAAUUGCGCCGGUCCCAAGUCUCUGAGGAGAGUGCGGUAUUCACCCAGGGUCUUUGGGGUGUGGACUCCAUGCCCAUUCCGUGUCUCUGGGCAGUCACCAGGCUCAUUCCAGGUCUGUGGGGCACUCAGACUCAAUACCCAGUGCCCGCCUGUGGGGAUAGACUGCACCCUGUUCAUCCCGAUGUGCGGGGCGGACGCACACUGUCCAUCAGUCUGUGUGGGGUCGUCGGAUCAUCCCAGGUCUGUAGGGCGCAGGAGCCCGGCCGGUCUUGGGAUGUCAACCACAGCACAAGAAGGAAGUCGUUCUACGUCUCUUACAGCGGUACACCAUACCACCACACCUGGGCCUUCGAAAAGAAAAUGCAUGGAAUUCUCGCGAGAGCACCCAAGUGCUAGGCUCACACCAGUGCAGAUCUCGCGAGAAGAGAUCAGAUUCGUUUCCGGGCGGUGGGAAGCGGCAGCCUGCUCCCGGCAGUUGCAAAGGCCGGUCUCCUGCACGAUGCCUUCCCCGUACUCCGUCAGAGCUUUUCCCGUCAGCAUCCCCGCGGUGAUCACGGAGACAGACUGGACUGAGCCGUGGCUCCUGGGGCUGGUUGUCUUCCACCUGUUCUGCCUGCUUCUCACAUGCUUCUCAACACAGAGGUAUAAACUGCAGAUUGGACACUUCCUGUGCCUGGUAGUGUUAGUCUAUUGUGCUGAGUACAUCAAUGAAGUGGCCGCAAUGAAUUGGAGGGUGUUUUCAAAGUACCAGUACUUUGACUCCCGAGGGAUGUUCAUUUCUAUUGUGUUCUCAGCACCGUUGCUGUUCAAUGCCUUGGUCAUUGUGAUUAUGUGGAUACGAAAGACUUUGAAUGUGAUGACUGACCUGAAGAACCUGCAAGAAAAAAGAAAGAGGAGAAAGGGAAGAAAGGGAGAAUGAUGUCACAAUGGCUAGGACCUCAGCUGUUUUCCUGCCUGGGCUGUUUCCAGCAUUUAGCUGUGCAUGGCCCAGUGUCCUGUUGUCUGACUCAAGGUUUGGAAAAUGGUUCUUGUAUUUUAUACUCACCGUGAUGGCCCAUUGGCUGAAGUUGUAUUUUAGAAGCUUCAUUGACUGUGUCACCUGGAUGCUUGCUGAAUAUGGACUGUCAUCAGUGUGUUGGGAUCUUUCUGGUUCAGCCACAGGAAGAGCCCUGCUCAGCCUUUCAGGACUUGCUGAUAGAUCUCAUUACAUAACUGGAGUUCACUCAGUUCUGAGUGUGGAAUCUCAGAAAUAAACAGAGCCAUCCUGCUGUGGUACCAUCACCCUCUCACCUGUUUCCAGUUGUGGCUUUCAGCUAAGGGUGAUUUUGUUCCCCAGAGACUUGCGACACAGUUUGGUGACACUUGCUGUCACGUGUGGUGGACAUGGUGCUUGUGUCUGUUGGGUAGAGCCUAGGAUGAUGCAGAAGUCCUACAGGGUACAGGACAGCCCCAUCGGGGAGUGCUUUCCUGCAUAUGUGGGCUGUUCCCAGGCUGAAGGAUCUGUGAGGCAGAUAUGGGCAAAACAAAACAAAGUGCAGUGUAUCUCACUUCCAUGAAGUGAGGCCUCUAAAGAGCAGCGUUGGGGCUAUGCUGUUGAAAAUGUUUUGUUUAAAAAUAUUAAGCUAGAAUGGAAGCUAUAGUCAAGAUUUCAUGAAGAAUAAUAUGUCAAAUGAGGCCUUUGGUUUUGUUUCUUCUGGAUGCAAAAUUAUAGAUACUCAGUGAAUGGCUUAGCUGUUUCUACAGUCUGUGGCAAGCGUAGAUCAGUUGUGUUCUCUUGAGUGUCACAUCUUGUGCAGUUGGGUGUCGGGAGCCAUGAGCAGGGCAUGCUGUUAUUUCUGCUGCUGCUCUGUUGGACACUGUUCGCUUCUGGAAUCUGGAGCAGUAGAUGGAAAUGACAGGUGACUGGAGACCCAGACUAGAAACAGUAUUCAGUACCAGGAUGUUGUAGGCUCUUGACUUCAGUUUAAAGGAAUAAUUUAUGAAUUGUUUCCUUAAUAGGCAGGUUGAUAGAUUACAAAGAUGUCCUGAAAUCCGGGUAUGUAGUUUUUAAAUGUUCACACCACCUCAGCCUCCUAGUGGAAUGCUUGCUGAGUUCUGGUGGUCCUCAAGUCUGAGUCAGUGACAUUGUCUCAGUGAAGCCACUGCAGGUUCUAACCUGACUUGUCUUCACAGUUCCUUCCUGAUUUUUCUUGACACUUUUAUAUUGAGCACAAAAUGUAAUGUAGGAAGUACUAUAUUGUAAGUCAGAUUUUAAAUUUAAAAUCAUCCUGUUAAGUGACGGGCAGUGUAUCUGUUUCUGAGAAUUUCUAGUUCAGGGUUUUUAAUCAUAUAGCUUCAAAAGAGCUCACUGUAUUACAAAUUAGUUUCACAGAAAAGAACAAAUUGGUCAGUUUUUGACUAGAUAAAUCUGGAACAGGAGACUGUCAAGUAGGUAUGGUGCUCACCAACCAGAUCUGUUCACUUCAGGCCUUUGAAGCAGUGAUGCAGAAUGAGGCUGAGAAUGGUUGAGAUGUCUGAGUUUUGGCACCAUCCAGGGUAGCUGCAUGGCGUUGGUUGUGGCCAGAUUGAGAGGAACCAGAGCACUUGUAGGUUCUGUGCAUUUUAGGACCGCACUCUCAACACGCACAUUGGGACUGCCUGUGUUCGGUCCGUUCAACUAAUUCUAGUUUUUCUCUAGUAAAAUUCUGCAACAGUAUUGUUUGCUUUACAUUAUCUUGAUAUUAAUAACUUCGAUUAUAUAUAACCAUGACCUUAGUGUUUGAGCUUUCCUUCCUUACCUCUGAGUGUAUGAUUGUGGAUUCACAUGUGAUUGGUUUUUGAGAUGGUUAUAAAUAUUUUGGGCUGGGGAGAUGGCUCACUUGUUAAAAGUACUUGCCUUCCAAUCAUGAAGAUCUGAGAUUGGUCCUGAGGACCCAUUUAAAAAGUUGGGCACAGUGACAUGCACAUGUGGAGACAGGUAGGUCACUGGGGCUUCCUGAUCAGUAGCCCAGCCUACUUGAUAAGCUCUAGGUAGAGAAAGACUCUUUCUCAAAAAACAAGAUGAGGGCUUGUGAGAUGACUCAUUGGGUAAAGGUGAUUGCUGCCAAGCCUGAUGACCUGAGUUUGAUCCCUGGAACCUACAUGGUGGAAGGAGAGAACCAGCUCCCAUGUCCGGUGACUGCAUGCACUCACACACAACACACACACACACACACACACACUCUAAGUAAAUAAAUGUAAAAAGGUGGAAGGUGUUCCUCAAGAACAGCACCCCCCUGAUGUCCUCUGGCUUUCACACACAUAUACAUGUACACAUACACUGGUACACACAUGAACACAUAAUAAAAGUUUUGCACACACAUAAAAGUUUUAUCUUUAAUGAAGUUCAUAUUCAGUGCCUAAAAUUGCACUAUGAGGAACUGUCUUAAUAUUUUGUCUUUAUAUUAGGGAAAACCCUGAAAGCCAGACUUAUCAUCAAGCAAUUGUGUAGUUCAUGUGAUGUGUGUAGGUUCAUUGCUGCUUUGAGAAUUUUACAUGUGACCAGUGCUAUGUUUACACUCCUGUAAUGAAGGCUCAUGGGCAAUGCUUUGAUGAGUAAACAUGCUUUUACUGUGUACUUACAAACAGAGCAGAGGAAAGGCUUAGGAUAAACAUCUCACACAUUCCAUCCCAUGACACCUUUGUUGGUUACUAUGCAUUACUAUACAAUAAAAUGCUUGAUAAUA